AUGGCAUCUUUCAAUUGCUUUGCUUUGGCAUUCUUCGUGGCUUUGUCGUUUUCAAGCAUUGACGUUGGCCUAGCAGCUCGUCACCUUCAGCAACUGCCUCCGAUGCCAACAUUGCCUACAACCACACUCCCACCAUUCCCAUCUAUCCCUAAUCUCCCACAGCCAUCCAUACCAUCUUUCCCAAGGCCCGGGGCACUUCCUCCACUUCCUACCAUGCCUGGGUUGCCCACAUUGCCAAGUGUACCCAGGGCCACACUGCCUCCUCUGCCAAGCAUACCCUCAAUCCCCACAAUCCAACCUACAAUUCCCUCUAUUCCUUUCCUUUCUCCACCACCUUCUCCUUCUACCCCUUAA